AUGGUCGGGACCGGUAUCUUCUCAACCCCCUCCUCCAUCCUCGCCGGCACCGGCUCCGUCGGCCUCAGCCUAAUCUUCUGGUUCCUCGGCCUCCUCACAUCCCUCUCCUCCCUCUCCGUCUACCUAGAAUACGCCGCCUACUUCCCCUCUCGCUCCGGCAGCGAAGUCGCCUACCUCGAACAAGCCUACACGCGCCCCAAAUGGUUCUUCCCCACAACCUUCGCCAUCCAAUCCAUCAUCUUGUCCUUCAGCAGCGGCAACGCUAUCGUCAUGGCCAAGUACCUAUUCGCCAUCGGUGACUACACUGCGUCACCAUGGGCACAGAAGGGGCUCGCGAUUGGAUGCUAUACGAUUGCGUUGGCGUUUGUGUUGUUUCAUACGAAGACGAGUUAUUUGCUUUCUAAUGCGAUUGAGAUGGUCAAGCUGAUUACGUUGAUAUUCAUAUCGAUUACGGGGCUGGUUGUGUUGGGUGGGCAUACGGCGGUGGAGAGACCGAGGGCGGAUUUUCAGAAUGCGUUUGAGGGGGAGGCGAGUGCGUAUGGGGUUACGAAUGCUAUGUAUAAGACCAUCUUUGCGUAUGCUGGGUAUGAGAAUGCGUUCAAUGUUGUUAACGAGGUCAAGAAUCCAGUCAAGAGCAUUCGCAACAAUGGCUUCAGCGCUGUCGUGCUCGUUGCCGUCUUGUACGAGCUAUGCAAUGUCGCGUUCUUCGCAGCCAUAACCAAGGACGAAAUCCUCGAAGGCAGAGAAAUCGCAGCCAGCCUCCUCUUCACCAAAGUCUUCGGCAACCACGGUGCUGUCCGCGGCCUGAACUUCCUCAUCGCCCUCUCCUCCUUCGGCAACUUGAUCGCUGUGCUACUCGGUACCUCUCGCAUGAUCCGCGAAUGCGGACGUCAAGGUGUCCUGCCCUGGCCAAAGUUCUGGGCCUCGACGAAGCCGUUUGGAACUCCUGCUGGACCAUACUUCAUUAAGUGGUUCUUAACCAUUGUUAUCAUCCUAGCUGUUCCAGCUGGUGAUGCCUUCAGCUUCAUCACGGAUCUUCAGGUAUACCCGUCGAGUGUGUUCAGCCUCUUGAUGGGAAUUGGGAUUCAUAUCCUUCGCCACAAUAGAAAGAGACUCGGGUUGCCGCGACCAUCUUUCAAGGCCUGGAACGUCGUUCUCAUCUUCAACAUCGCUGUGCAGCUCUAUCUUAUCAUCAUGCCAUGGUAUACGCCCACGGAAGGUGCGACUGGCGGCGAUGUAUCAUUCUGGUAUGCGACGUACGUGGUUACUGGUAUCGGCAUCCUCCUCAUCUGUGGGGCGUACUAUGUCGGAUAUAUUGUCGUCUUGCCGAGAGUCAAGAACUACAAGCUCAGGCAGGAGCUGAUCGAGCUCGGUGAUGGCGCGCAGACGCAUGUGCUUAGGAAGAUUGCAGUCAGUCAGGUGGAGGAGUGGGAUCGCUUGCAUGAUGCGAAUGGGCAUAGGCUCGUGCCUGAGUGGAGUAGUCAAGAGCACGCUGCCGACGUGACAGUCCUCGCUGAAUCGAAGAAUGGAUAG